UGGUUAAAACCAACAUGAUGCAGCACAUAAAACAUCACUGUGUGGCUCGCAAAACAGAAUGCCCAGACAUUCCCACGGUGCUGGCAGAGAGCCGGACGCUCCUGAGUGACGGCCAAGAAGAAAAUACUGGGUAUCACAAGGACAUAUUGUCUCGUAUGCACGACGAUGCAGUUACGAAGACCAUAAAGAACGAUGAACUCCUGAAGAAGUGGGGUGCCAACUUGCACGCGAAACUUGGAAGGUCGGGUUUUGCGCAGAUAAGCCAGCGCCUAAGGAUGAUGGGCGAAGUUGUCCAAGCAGCCGGAAAGAGCAUGCAAGAGCUGAUCAAUGGCGAAGGAUUUGAUACGGUUGUAAGUGCCACCAAAUCCGUCUGUGGGUUUGAGCAGGACAAGCUAAACGCCCACACGGGGCUGCCCACAUACAAAACUCCUUCAAAGGCCAUGCGGAUUGGAGGCGAACUACGACAGCUGGCUGCUCUCAAGAAGGGCAUUGCGCUGAUCAAGAAAGAAGAAAGCGAAGUGAAAGAUGCUGAGGCGUUCUUGUAUCACGUGGACCAAUUCUGGAAUGUGAAGAUCAGCAGCGUAGCGCUGAAGAACCGCGAGUCGAACAAGUAUGACAAGAAAGACAUGCUGCCCUUUACCAGCGAUUUGAAGCUUUUCACCGAAAAAAUGAAGGAACGAGUGAAAGAAAUGACAGAAAAGGGAAUACAUGGCAUGACAGACUAUGCAAGGCUGAGCAAAGCGGUUCUCGCCCGUUUGCUAGUAUUCAACAAACGCCGUCCUAAGGAGCUUAGCAGCAUCCUGCUGCAAUCAUGGAUCAACCGAGAGAUGUACAAACAAGAGACGGUAGAAGAAGUGAACAAGUCAAUGGGUGAAACAGAAAAGAAGUUGUUCAACGAGCUCGACGUCGUCAUGUCCCGCGGCAAGUGCGGGAACAAGGUCCCCACCCUGAUACCGAGCGACUGCGCGGCUCCGCUGCAGCUACUGGUAGACAACCGGGAGACGUACAUUGACAAGGAUAACAAGUAUCUGUUCGCAAACCCUCUGGCGAGGACUACAGGACACUACAACGCAGGCGUGGUGCUUAAAGAGCAGUUGUCGGACAUGGCACUAAACAGGGCAGAUCUCUUCCAUGCAACAAAACUACGGAAAUAUUGUGCUACAACGUCCCAGAUUCUAGAGAUGGUGAAUUCGAUAUGGAGGUGCUCACCCGGCACAUGGGACAUGACAAAGACGUGCAUCGUGGGUACUACAGACUGUCAGACGCUACUCACGAACUGACGCGUGCCUCCAUCCUGAUGAUGAAGCUGGACGAAGGAUGCCUCUCAAAAUAUAGCGGACGGAGCCUGGAGGAGAUGCUCACUGAAGAGGACUUCGACGAGCCAGGCUCUGAAAAUGAGGGCGGUCCGGCUGAUGAUCGCCAAGAGGACGAUGAAGGAGGCCAUGAACAGCGGAAGAAGGACCGCAAAAAAAAAAGCGAUAUGUAAAGUGGUCUGUGCCCGAAGUGCAGAGACUGCGGGCGAUACUGAAAGCCCGCGGUGGGCGGGUACCCAGUAUGGAUGACCUCAGAGACCUGUACAAGAGGGAGCCGUUCAACGGCCAUAAUCUGAAUGACAUAAGAUGCAAGAUGUACAAACUUAAACAGAAGGCAGAGUGAGCUGCUGGAGCGGCCGGGCCGGGCUGUUCUGGGUUGGGUCCGGACGGGACUUGGGGACCGGCGCCGCCCGCGGCGUCAAAUACAUGUGUCUGCCCGCGCCCCGAUGCCGCCCGCGGCGACAAUACAUGUGUCUGCCCGCGCCCCGAUGCCGCCCGCGGCGACAAUACAUGUGCCUGCCCGCGCCCCGAUGCCGCCCGCGACGUCAGCAGUGCUCUCUGUGGCAGCCAGUGAACAGCCGCCACAUGGCCUAUGUCAGGAUCGCUCGAGGCGCUGCAGUAGGUCCUGCUGGCCGUGUCCGGUGUUUGGUUGUCAAGCUCUGAAGCACCGUUUUUGUUGAGUUUGGUUAUCAAGCUCAGAAGUCAGAGGCACCGUUUUUGCUGCGUGAUACCGAUGGCACGGACGCAUGUACCAUGUUCGGUUGUGUCUCGUGUGCCUGGUGUAAGUCUAGUGAUUGUGUUGAUCCGAUCGAGUCUGUGCUAGGGUCCAGUGGCAGCGCCCGAUGCCGUCGGUCCAUGUGUGGUCGGCAAAGGGUGGCCAGCGGCCUAGCGUACGUCGGAGUCGUGAGCGUCAAGAUGGCGUGUGAAGUGUGUAUGGGUUGUUGUGUAUCUCGAUAACGUGUUUCCUCAUAAUGGUUUCGAUGCUGUAAGUUCUCGUAAGUCCGUUGUCAUCAGUUGUUCUCUGGUGUCCGUCCUUCCCUGUUCGGCACUGGCAGCGGUGCCCGGUGAUAGGGCUGAAUCGGGCCGGGGGCUGGGCUGUGCUGGGUUGGGUCCGGAUGGGACUCGCGGCCCGGAGCCGCCCGCGGCGUCAGUAAGUACAUACAUUGAGUUUUACAUUGAGACAGAAGCACCGUUUUUGUUGAGUGACACCGAUGGCACGGACUUGAGUACCAUGAUCCGUUGUGUGUUGUGUGCCUGGUGUAAGAUUGUGUUGAUCCGAUCGAGUCUGUGCUAGGGUCCAGUGGCAGCGCCCGAUGCCGUCGGUCCAUGUGUGGUCGGCAAAGGGUGGCCAGUCCGGCAGCUGCAUUUUUGUGUCCUUAUUGAAAUACACUGUCAGUCGUCAGAAAA